AGAAUGUUGGGAUAGUGAACCAGAUAAUCGUCCAAUUAUACAUCAGGUAGUUUCUCGAUUGAAAGAAAUAAUUACAAAAGAAUAUGGAGUAAUGGGGAAUCAUCACCUUUUGUCACCAAAUAAAAGUAACGGUAAUUCAUCGCGAAGUACAAAAUCAACAACGAUAUCUAGCAACCAAAUUAUCAAUAUUAAUUUUACGUCUGAAAAAGACGUUAGAGGAUUCCGAAAUAUACGUUCUCAGAGUAUGCGUGCAAUUAAGCGAGAAAUUAUGCAUGUCUUUUGUUUGUUACGAACUUAUGUAAUUUUAACGUUGAAGAAAUGUGUAGAAUUAACAGCAAAUAUAUACCGAUAUAUAUUUUGGAGACCCGAUGUUAAAACAAUGGUUGAUAAAACCGUCGAACUUAUCUUUGAAUUAAUAAAUGGAGGGACUGAAUGGAAUUCGGAAAAGCAACAGAUUCUUAAUUAUCUUAAUAAUAAUAAUGAUCAUAAUAUAAAUUCAAAAAUAAUUUAUAAUUGGUUAUUAAUUAAUCAAAAUUAUUCAAAUUCUAUUUUUUUACUUGGAUGUUUUAAUUAUUAUGGAAUUGAGACUAAUAAGAAUUAUGAAAAAGCAUAUAAAUUAUUUGUCAAUAAGUCGGUUCAAAAUCACAUAUUAGCAUUGUAUUACGUCGGCCAUUGUUAUAUGUUUGGAUAUGGAACUUUAAAGGAUGAAAAAUCGGCAUUUAAAUAUUAUGAAAUGGUUGCCAAUAAAGGUUGUGUAGGAGGACAGAACAAUGUUGGUUAUUGUUAUAGUCAUGGAAAGGGUGUCAAAAAAGACUUAAAAAAGGCUAUUUCUUGGUAUGAAAAAGCUGCAAAUAAUGGGAACGCUAACGCUCAAAGAAAUCUUGGUGUAAAGGAUUGUUAUGAAUAUGGUAAUGGAACUAUAAAAAGUAAAAAAUUAGCAAUUGAAUAUUAUGAAAAAGUGGCUAAUAAAAAUUUUCCAUAUGGACAAUUUGAAACUGGUUAUUGUUAUUUUCAUGGAAUAGGUACUAAAAAAGAUUUGAAAAAGGCUUUUUAUUGGUACGAUAAAGCUGUAAAUAAUGGAAACAUAGUGGCAAUGUAUAAUCUUGGCCAUUGUUAUAAGGAAGGACUUGGCAUUAAAAAAGAUAAUAAUAAAGCUUUUGAAUUAUUUAAACAAUCAGCUGAAGGGGAAUAUCCAAGUGGAAUAACAAUGUUAGGAUAUUGUUAUGGUGAAGGUAUUGGAACUAAAAUUGAUAAACAUAAAAGCAUUUGA